AUGUCGGCUCCUCCUCCCCCGGAAGGAUACGGCCAGUAUCCGGCCUAUGGCGGCGAUCAGGCCCCCGAGACGCAGGGGACGCCCGACCCCAUGGCCACCGGCGCCGCCGCCCACGCCAAGAAGAAGAAGAGAGGGUACGCCGCCGGCGCCUUCGACGUGGCCUCGGGCGCCAAUGCAGCCGGCACUCCCGCUGCCGUCCCCCCCUCCGCUGUGACCCCCCAGUUCGGCAUGUCCCAGCAGCAGGUCCCCGCCUACGGAGCCUACCCUCAGCAGCAGCAGCAGCCCGACCCCGUCGCCGCCGCCGGUUACCAGCCUCCCGGACAGGUCCCCCAGGUCGGCCAGCCGGUCGCCGCCCCCUACGGCACCUACCCUCCCCCCGACCAGGUGUACCCCGGCGUCGCUCCCGGUGUCGGCGGAAUCACCCAGGGCAUGGGCGGCAUGAACCUCGGCACCGCUCAGCCUCAGGCCGUCCCCGCCCAGGCCCAGGCUGCCCCUCGCGCGGUCAUGAAUCAACUCUACCCUACCGAUCUCGUCAGCCAGCCUUUCAACGCCGCCGAGCUCGACCUCCCCCCUCCUCCCAUCACCCUGCCGCCCAACUCCAGCGUCACGCCUUCGCCCAAGGCCAACGCCUCGCCUCGCUAUUUCCGGUCGACAAUCAACGCCGUGCCUACGUCGCACUCGCAGCUCAAAAAGUCCAAGCUUCCCUUUGCUCUGGUGCUGCAGCCCUACGGGUCGCUCCACGACGAUGAAGACGACAUCCCCGUCAUCCAGGACCAGGUCAUCUCGCGCUGCCGCCGGUGCCGCACCUACAUCAACCCCUACGUGACCUUCCUCGACCACGGCCACCGCUGGAGGUGCAACAUGUGCAACCUGAGCAAUGACGUGCCCCAGGCCUUCGACUGGGACGCGGCGACGCAGCAGCAGGCCGACCGCUGGCAGCGCGCCGAGCUCAACCACGCCAUCGUCGAGUUCGUCGCACCUCAGGAGUACAUGGUGCGCCCGCCGCAGCCCCUCGUCUACCUGUUCCUGUUCGACGUCAGCAUCAACGCCGUGUCGUCCGGCCUGCUGGCCACGGCCGCCCGCACCAUCCUUGACAGCCUGAGCAGGAUACCAAACGCCGACAGGCGCACGCGCCUCGGCUUCCUCGGCGUCGACUCGAGCCUGCAUUACUUCUCCAUCCCCAAGGACGAGGACGAGAACGCCGAGACGAGCCAGCUGGUCGUCAGCGACCUCGACGAGCCCUUCCUGCCCGUGCCCCACGACCUGCUGAUCAACCUGUCCGAGAGUCGGCAGAGCGCCGAGAGGUUCCUGGAGAAGCUGCCGGCCAUGUUUCAGAACAGCCAGAGCAGUCAAUCGUGCAUGGGGUCGGCGCUGCGGGCCGGACACAAGCUCAUUUCCGGCCUGGGCGGCAAGAUCGUCGUGCUGACGGCGUCGCUGCCCAACAUCGGCGUCGGCAAGCUCGAGGUGCGCGAGGACAAGAAGCUGCUGGGCACGGCCAAGGAAGGCCCGCUGCUGCAGACGGCCAACAGCUUCUACAAGAGCUUCGCGGUCGAGUGCUCCAAGAACCAGGUGUCCAUCGACAUGUUCCUCUUCUCGCAGCAGUACCAGGACGUGGCGUCGCUGAGCAACCUGCCGCGGUACACGGCGGGCCAGACAUGGUUCUACCCGGGGUGGCACGCGUCCCGGCCCGAAGAUGCGCUCAAGUUCGCCUCCGAAUUCAGCGACUUCCUCUCGUCCGAGGUCGGGCUCGAGGCGGUGCUCAGGGUGCGCGGGGCGACUGGGCUGCGGAUGAACACCUUCUACGGCAACUUCUUCAACCGCAGCUCGGACCUGUGCGCCUUCCCGUCCUUCCCGCGCGACCAGUGCUACGUGGUCGAGGUGGCCAUCGACGAGAACAUGACCAAGCCCGUCGUCUGCCUGCAGGCGGCGGUGCUGCACACGACUUGCAACGGCGAGCGGCGCAUCCGCGUCAUGACGCUGGCCCUGCCGACCACGUCUAACCUGUCGGACCUGUACUCGUCGGCCGACCAGGUGGCCAUCACGACCUACUUCAGCCACAAGGCCGUGGAGCGCGCGCUGGGCAGCGGGCUGGAUGCGGCGCGCGACGCCGUGCAGUCCAAGGCCACGGAGCUCCUGCAGGUCUUCAAGAAGGAGCUGGCGGGCGGCAGCAUGGGCGGCGGCGGGCUCCAGUUCCCGGCCAACCUGCGCGGGCUGCCGUUGCUGUUCCUCUCUCUGACCAAGAACGUCGGGCUGCGCAAGUCGGCGCAGAUCCCGUCGGACAUCCGGUCGGCAGCGCUGUGCCUGCUGUCGACGCUUCCGCCGCCGCUGCUGAUACGCUACAUCUACCCGCGCCUGUACUCGCUUCACGACAUGCCGGACAGUGCGGGGCUGCCGGACCCGGAGACGGGCCACAUCGUGCUCCCGCCGCCGGUGAACCUGUCGUCGGAGCGCCUGGCGCCGUACGGCCUGUACCUGAUCGACGAUGGGCAGACGCAGUUUCUCUGGGUCGGGCGGGACGCGGUGCCGCAGCUGCUCAACGACGUCUUUGGCGUGCCGGACAAGUCGCAGCUGCCCGUCGGCAAGGGCCGCGUGCCCGAGCUGGAGGGCGACUUCAACGAGCGCGUCAGGGCCGUCGUCCAGAAGAGCAGGGACCACCUGGCCCUCGGGGUGGGGAGCAUCACGGUGCCGCACCUAUACAUCGUCCUCGAAGAUGGGGAGCCGAGUCUCAGGAUCUGGGCGCAGACGCUGCUCGUAGAGGACAGGACGGAUCAGAGCGUCAGCGCGGCGCAGUGGCUCAGUACAUUGAGGGAGAAGGUAUGA